GGGCAAACCGUAGGGGUAAGGUGGGGACCUUGCCCCCGCGCCGGGGGUAGUAUGGCUGGGCGCGGGCUGAGCUGCCCGUGCACCCGCCCCCGGCCCGGAGAACCGGGCCCGGGCUGAGCUGACCCCGCCUCGGCCCGGUACCAGCAGACUGUCAGUGCAAUCCUCUUCUAAAGUCAGUAUGGGAUGCUGAGCGAGAGGAGCAAUUUCACAAGUUGAAAAGCUCAGAUUGAUCUUCCCAGGAACUGAGGUGUUUUCUCAAGGCCCCGACGAUGCCGUCUAAUAAGUCUGUCUCGGAUGCGCCAAUCUUCCAGUUCACUAACUGCAGGAUUCUGAGGAGUCACCAGCUGCAAAGGGAGGAUCUGUGGGUGCGAGAGGGGAAGAUCCUCAACCCAGAAAAGCUGUUCUUUGAUGAGAAGGGAUCUGCUGAUAUUCAGCUGGAUUGUAAGGACAGCAUCAUCGCUCCCGGAUUCAUUGAUGUGCAGAUUAAUGGGGGCUUUGGGGUGGAUUUCUCCUUGGCUGCGGAUGACGUCCAAUCAGGGAUCUCUCUGGUGAGUCAGAAGAUUCUCUCCCAUGGUGUGACCUCCUUCUGCCCAACCCUGGUGACCUCCCCGCCAUCCGUCUAUCACAAGGUUCUUCCUCAGAUCAGCGUAAGAAAUGGAGGGCCUCAUGGAGCUGGUAUCCUGGGGGCCCAUCUGGAGGGGCCUUUCAUAAGCAAAGAGAAGAAGGGGGCGCACUCAGAACACUACCUCAGCACCUUUGAAUCGGGAGCUUUCCAGGACCUGCUUGCCACCUACAGGCACCUGGACUGCGUCCGGAUCGUUACCCUGGCCCCUGAGAUGAAGAGGAGCAGUGAGGUGAUCCAGGAACUCACCAGACGGGGCAUCUGUGUCUCGCUGGGACAUUCUGUGGCUAAUCUGUCUCAGGCAGAGGAAGCUGUCCGACAUGGUGCUACUUUUAUCACCCAUCUCUUCAAUGCAAUGUUACCUUUCCACCAUCGCGACCCUGGGAUUGUGGGGCUGCUGACGAGUGACCAGAUUCCUGCCAGGCGGAGGGUGUUCUAUGGCAUGAUAUCAGAUGGGAUCCACACCAACCCUGCAGCUCUGAGAAUUGCGCAUCGAGCACACCCCAAAGGCCUGGUGCUGGUGACAGACGCCAUUGCUGGAAUGGGGCUGGCCCCAGGGAGGCACACCCUGGGCCAGCAGGUGAUCGAGGUGGACGGGCUGAACACAUACAUUGCAGGGACGAAGACCCUGAGUGGCAGCGUAGCAACCAUGGACUCCUGUGUUCGGCACUUCCUGGAAGCCACAGGUGAGCCCAACUCACCUACUCUCUGCCUGCGGGCUCUGGGAUGGAGAACAGUGCCCCUUGCUGUUAUCACUUCUCCUAGGGCCAAAGGUCUCUACACCUAUCCAGAGAGCGUAGUAAGGAGAUCCUCUCCCCAGACAAGGCUGGCUAUGGGCAUUCUUUCCAAGCCCUCUUGGAGUCCCAGGUCAGCUAGCAGGCAGAGCCACACUGGGUGCCAGCCAGGGAGAGAUUAGGCUUUACUUUUACUGCAGUGAGAACAAGCGAGCUCCUCCGUAGUCACAGGUGCAAAGGGAUCAAAGGUGAAUAAUCUUGUCCACAACUUCUGAUUCCUCCCUUCCUCCCUCCAGCCACACCACAACUGCUCAUCCCUCUCCUGCAACCCCUCUGGGCCUUUCCCCGCGAGCACCAUCCAAGAGUAA